UUGACGGUGAUAUUGUUGCUGGGAAUGGCAUCCUUGAGUGAGGGCUGAAAGCCUGUGUUGCCAAUUUUCGGCAGGGCUGGGACGACCACAGCCAUGGGCCGUCAUGUUCCUUCCUUGCGCAUUCCGCAAGUUCGCUUUCCGGAAAGUUGUGAAGAGCCACAAAGUUUGGUACCGAGGCAGCAGGAGCAUCAAGCGCACUUUCGUGGUACUGAUCCGCCAAAGUUCCCAGUGAUUUGUCAACCUCAACCAAGCUGGUGUCGGCGCCCCUGGUUUAGCCAGGCGCAAGCCGAAUUGACACAACUGGGUCCAGGGCCAUCACCCAGAGCUUUGCGCAGACGCCCAGGGGAGGUGCAACUGGAAAUCCCAGCUGAAAUCUCCCAAACCCCAGACAGCACUCCUGUUGCUCAAAAUGCGCUGGGAGGAGACCACUUCAAACAAUUGCAUGCAGACGAACAGGGCCAGAGCAGGCAGACAAUAUUGCACCUUGGCCCCGCACUGCACGCAGAGACAGAAGUAGUGCAAAAGAUGGACUGCAUGUGAACAUAAGGUGGGUCCAUGUCCCGGGCAACGUCGUGCCGUCCAAAGAUGCAUACAAGAGUGCCAUUUCAGGUCAAAACAUAUUGGAGGAAAGACUUGCCGAAAUUAUGGCAACAAAAUCCUCGGGUGUGAAAUUAUACACUUGCACCUGUCGCUGAAAAUG